AUGGGUUUGAAGGAUCUUCCUAGAAUUAUUAGAAAAGAGGUUACAUGGGGCAAAAGUCAGCAAGAAAUUAUUGGAUCGGAUAGCGAAGAUGGCCUAACGAUUACUCUUCAGGAUGGUAGAGAGGCAUUUGUCCAUCAAGACACGAUUGCCCCAUCUGGGCAGAAAUCUUACUGGCCGAUCUUCACUGCAGGUGCUGGUCUUUUUUCCGAUGGUUACGUUAAUAACUCUGCAUCUUCGAUUUCUGCAUGCUUGAAGCUUAUUUACGGUACUCAAUACACGGAGUCGCACGCAAUUCAGAAUGUUUCAUCUAUUGUGUUUGCCGGUACUGUCGUUGGUAUGCUUGCAUUCGGUGUAUUCUCGGAUUAUAUCUCACGUAAAACUGGAAUGUUAGUGUCCUCUGCUGGAUUGAUUCUUUUCUCUAUUCUUGCUGCCGGAUCUUGGGGUGCAGGUACCCAAGGAUGUAAAGGUUGUAAUGCGGGAGGAUUGUUUGCAUGUCUUACCGCAUUCCGUUUCUUCUUAGGUAUAUUCAUUGGUGCUGAGUAUCCCACAGGUUCUGCUGCCUGCGCCGAGGCUUCUGCUUUGCUACCUGCUGGAAGAAGAAAUAGAUAUUUUGCUUGGUUUACAAACUUCAUGAUUGACUCCGGUUUUGUUAUAUCUUCAUUUGUGACCAUGGUUAUGCUUUGGAUAUGUGGUCCAAACCAUUUGCAGCCAGUUUGGAGAGUUACUAUUGGUCUUGGUGCAAUUCCACCAUUUUCAUUGUUCAUUAUGAGACUGAAGUUCCAUGAAGGUCAACAAUUUAAGAAGCUUAAUUUCAAGCAUAUCAAUGUUCCUUGGAUGCUCUGCCUUAAAUACUUUGGUUUCAGGUUGGCUCUUGUGUCUAUAAUUUGGUUCAUUUACGAUUUCUCUGCUUACGCUUUUGGCAUCUACUCUACUACAAUUCUUACCACUAUCGUUCCUGGCGACGAUUUGUAUAAAGCAUUUGGAUGGAACGUUGUUUUCAAUUUAUUCUAUAUUCCAGGUGCUUUCAUAGGUGCCGCAGUUGCAGACUACAUUGGACCCCGUUUGACCUUGGUUAUUGGACUUAUAUGCCAGGCUGUGGUUGGUUAUGCUAUGGCCGCAAACUACGAAACGUUAUCUAAACAUAUUGCCGGUUUCGUUGUGGUUAUGUUUGGUCCUGGUGAUAACAUUGGUCUUCUUUCCUCUAAGAGUUGCGCUACACCAGUCAGAGGUGUGUACUAUGGUAUUGCAGCUGCAAUUGGUAAGGUUGGUGCAUUUUCCGGUACUUAUGCUUUCCCAUCUUUCCAGGCACAUUACCCAGGUAUUAAAGGUUAUCAGGUUCCAUUCUGGUUAGCCUCUUCCCUAGCAAUUUUUGCAGCCAUAUUAGCUUUGUUCUUCCUUCCACCUGUUGAUCAGGAAGCUAUGCAGAGAGAGGAUCUUAAAUUUCUUCAGUAUUUGUCCGCUCAUGGCUUUGAUGUUACUCAGCUUGGAGAAGGUACAUUUAGUGAAUCAUUCAAGAGUAAAGAAGAAACAGUCCAUAUUGAGCAAAACUCUAAGAAGGAAGAUAAUUCAUCAUCCAUCUAG